AUGGUCAACUUACGCUCUCAAAAACGGCUCGCCGCCUCCGUCGCUGGCGUCGGCAAGCGCAAGAUCUGGCUCGACCCCGCCGAGCAGUCAGAAAUUGGCAACGCCAACUCACGUACACACAUUAAAAAGCUCAUCAAGGAUGGGCGUGUCAUCAUCAAGCCUGCCACUGUUCAUUCUCGUGCCCGCACUCGCGACCUCCACGCUGCAAAGCGCAAGGGUCGUCACACUGGUCCUGGUAAACGAAAGGGUACCUCUGAAGCUCGUAUGCCGACGAAGGUGCAAUGGAUGCGUAGGCAGCGUGUGCUUAGGCGAUUGCUGAGGAAAUACCGUGAGGCUGGCAAAAUUGACAAGCAUCUCUACCACGCCCUUUACCUAAAGUCGAAGGGUAACGUUUUCAAGAACAAGCGUGUUUUGAUGGAAUACAUUCACAAGGCGAAAGCUGAGAAAUCCCGUACUAAGAUUCUUAGCGACCAGAUGGAGGCACGCCGUGUCAAGAACAAGGCUGCCCGUGACCGUCGCCAAGCACGCCUUCUGGAGAAGAGACAGGCUAUUAUUGCUAUUGAGCAUGAGGAAGCAGUUAAGGAGUGA